AUGAGUUCAACUUCUUCGCAAAAAAAGCAUAUAUUUUUUGUUAUAUUUUCUGGUACAACAAGUCCUACACAUAAUUAUUCUCCUGAACACGAAGAUGCUGGUGAAGUAAGCAUAGGUAUUAAUGCUAUAUCUUUAAUAACAACUCGUUUACAAACGCAUACAUCAUUUGAUUCACAUAAAUCCCUCUCGAAAUCAAUUCAAUCAUUAAGAUCAAAUAAACAACCUGCAGUUGCAUUACCUGUUAAAAAAUGUUUGCAUGGUUUACUAAAACAAGAGCAAAUAACAGCAUCGCUAAAAUCGAAUGAAACUAAAAAAGAUUAUCAAUAUCAUCAUUAUCACAAUUCAACAGAAUUAUGUACUAAAAGUGAUAAUACAUCACCGGAAGAAGAAGAAGAAGAAGAAGAAUUCGAUCGACAACAACAACAACAACAACAAAUCAAUGAGAAAGAUCCGGCGGUACGUUUACGAUUCGAUUUGAAUUAG